AUGACCAUAUCCUUCUCGAGUCUUAUAACCAUAAUUUUUUCCAAUAGAAAUGAAGAAGGGUAUGAAAGUGAAAAGUUGGCCGGAGAAAUCGCUGCGGAAUGCUUGAGCUUAGAUUAUAGAUGUCGGUGCUUACCUUUAAAUUCUUUGGUCACUUUUAAACCACAAAAUUCUGAAAAUGGUUCUUUAAGCUCUUCAAGUAUUGAUGGAACAUCCUGUGAAUUAUUAAAUAUACUCAAAGACAAGAAUGGACAUGGACAAGAGACUUUUCACACCGUUGUGUUCAUUUUUGACAACUUAGAUCAUAACCCUGCGAUAAAAGAGCUAGAAAAUACGCUAAAUGAUUGGUCAACAGAUUUUAGAGUUGAUAAAAGUCUUCUAUCUGGACUACAUUUUGAUUUUGUUAUACUAGGAGACUACCAUCAAUCUAAUCAUGGCGAUUCUAACUAUAUUUUUACCCUCAGACGCUUGCUAAUAUCAUUAGGUUCAAAUCCUCUUCAUCCUAAUGAUUUUUAUUUGAAUCCUGGAGAUAUUGGCAAAAUUAUAUCACUAGUAGAUCAGAUUAGAGAGGCCCAAAAUACCUUUAUUGAGUCAUUUUCUACCAAAAAUAACUAUAAAAAACGUGAAGAUAGCGAUUAUGAGGAUAAUACCGUUGAUUCGGAUGACGAUUCUGAAGUUGAUAUUGAAAACUUGGGUCAGGCAGAGCAAAAAAUGGUUUCAGACAAGCAACGCAAACAACUUAUAAAGCAAGGCUAUAAACUUAUUGGUGAUCAUAGUGCAGUUAAAUUAUGUCGGUGGACGAAGGCUAGGGUAAGAGGACAUGGAGGCUGCUACAAACACACAUUUUAUGGAAUUAACUCUAAUCAAUGUAUGGAAAUGACUCCAAGUUUGGCAUGUGCAAACAAAUGUGUAUUUUGUUGGCGUCAUCACACGAAUCCGGUUUCCACAAGAUGGAAAUGGGAGGCCGAUGACCCUAAAUUCAUUUUGAAUGAAUCAAUAAAUGCACAUCUUCGUUUAAUAAAAGAACUAAAGGGAAUUUUUGACACAAAAAUGGAGAGAUUUAAUGAAGCGAUGCGUAUUAGACAUUGUGCUUUGUCUCUAGUUGGAGAGCCCAUAAUGUAUCCAAAGAUUAACGAAUUAUUAUCAGAGCUGCAUCAACAUGAAAUUUCAACAUUUUUGGUCACGAAUGCACAGUUUCCAAAGGAAAUUGAGAAUCUUAUUCCUGUUACCCAAUUAUAUGUUUCAAUAGAUGCUUCUGAUAAACAAAGUCUAGAAAAUAUAGAUCGUCCCUUAUUCAGGGAUUUUUGGGAAAGAUUUGUUAAAUGCAUUGAACUUCUUAAGAAUCGCAAAGAACGAACUGUCUUUAGGCUCACAAUGGUCAGGAACUUUAAUAUGAGCGAACAAAGGACGGAAAUAGAGGGUUAUGCAAAUUUAAUGAAACUCGGAGAGCCGGACUUUGUUGAGAUAAAAGCGGUUACAUUUUGUGGAACUGUACAUGAUAACGCUAUAACAAUGAAAAAUGUUCCUUGGCAUGAUGAGAUCGUGGAAUUUGCCAAAGCUCUCAUUGAUAUUAGCGAUUACACCAGGGAACAUUACGAAAUAGCUUGUGAACAUCGUCACUCAUGUUGUAUUUUAAUAGCUAAAAAGAGUUACUUUGUUAAUGGCAAAUGGAAGACAUGGAUCGACUAUCCUCUGUUCCAUAAACUGGCUACAAGUGGAGAAGAGUUUAGUGGUAUAGAUUAUUCUUGUGAAACACCUUCUUGGGCUCUAUUUGGAUCGCCAGAACAGGGAUUCGACCCGGUAGACACAAGAAUAUAUACAAAGGGACGCCAUAAGCUGAAUUAGUCAAAGACCUUGUUCAUUCCGUGCGACUGUUUUGCACAUAAUACCUGUACGAUAUAAAUUAAUUUCUUAGUGCAGUGUCGUGAUCCGUGGUAGUAUAGAGGUGAGUAUCCCUGCCUGUCACGCAGGUGACCGGGGUUCGAUUCCCCGCCAUGGAGCUUUUUCUAUAUUGUCAAAAAUGACUACUAAACCAGUCAUUUUUGCGAAAUCUUAACAAGCCUUUAUUUCUAAUUUAGAAAGGUUUGCUCUUUUCAAAGCUAAGGCAGGCUGCGACGAUAUUACAUUCACUAGUUUCAUUAAAUAGACUAAACAGUAGAUACUUUACUUUAUAACUAACAAAUACAUUUAAAU